AUGGGUCGCUUCUACCCACUCUAUGUGCGUCGUAGCGAUGGGAGAAGCGAGAUUGCAUGCAAAGGAGCGCGCAAAAAGGAAGCCAACCAACCCACGGAUGAGCAACUCGACCAAAAACCCGAUCGCAAUGGCAUCAGCGAUUAUUACCGCCAAGUGGCGCCCGAUGAGCCCAAGCAUCUCGACUGGCGGAGGAAGAUUGGGGGCAUGUUGGCCCGGGAAUUGAAUUCCAAUCACCAACCAGGUGAUAAUGGGUACAUUCUCGCCACCUUCCCCGAAAACUAUCGACUGUACGAACAUGUCAAGAAGACGGUGGUGGAUGGCAAGACGGAGGUCAAGAGCAAGACGCACGGGGCGGGUGGGAAUGAUCGUCAGGAUGCGUAUCUGUAUGGACAUCCGUUGGGAAGGAGGAAACGAUUUCGCAGUCCCGGAGACUUCUUCGCCCAUGUCCUCUGGCUGGCCACCGACGAGAGUGGGGACCCGGACAACUGUACGUGCAAGAUCUGCUCGCCCGAAGACUUGGAGAACCUGAUCCCGGGGGCGAAUGUGCAGAGCAAGAAACUGCCCGGCAUCCCUCCCACCACGACAUCUGCAUCUGCGUCAACAUCAGCAUCCCGACCCGCGAGUUCAUCCGGAGUCAAGGCGAAGGCAGAUGCAAUUCCCACCACCACCACCACCCCCACUCCCACCACCACCAAUCCCACCACUACCACCAAAUCCCGGCCAUCGGGUCCCACUCCACUCCCUAAGCACAAUCUGGCCGAUCAAUUCUACGACAGCCAAUAUCGCUCCUUUCAAUAUCGUCCUGGCGAGAUGAUCUGGUUUCAGCGAGGUCAGGCAUGGGCCCUGGGUAUCAUCACCCGACGCUGGGGACAACCGCAACCUCAAAACACAAACGACCACAAUUACCUCGUCCAACCCCUCUCUCAUCCUCCCCUCCCCUCUAAACCCAACUAUCCUCAGACCAUCAUCAAGACGUCCGAACUGGAGAUGCGCCCCUGGAUCGCAUGGAGUGUUCCUCGCUUCACCAACGAAGGCCUCAACAACCUCUCUCCACCUCCCCAAUACGAAUCCACAGACUGGCAGGCCCUCAAGGACGGUCGUUUCGGGACGGGAGACCUCGAAGUCGACGCCUCCAUCCUCGCCGCCAAGAUGAUCGACCUUUCCUACACCCCCUCCAUCCCAACCCUCAAUACCACCCCUCACCCAGGGAUCACCGAAACACACUACACGGCCCUUUUCCUCGGUGCCGAGAAAUUGUGGAUCGGCGACCCCAUCCGCUUACACGUGGGAAACGGAACGGACAUCAUGGUCCUGCACUCCAUCAUCGAACGCCGCAACAACAACUCCCCCUCCACCCCACCAGAAAUUCAAAUCCUGGGAGACAUCUACACCCUCACAACGGUACCCCAUUCAGACCCUCAGAUUACCUCCCCAGCAGCCCCCCAAGCGAACCCGCAUCUUCCCUCUCGCCUCACCGAUGACUUGGCAUAUCGAAAUGCUCGAAGUAUUCGUCUCCGCCACAUAGCAAAUUACUGGCAGCUGAUCCAUCCCGCUCGUCGCAUUGGAUUGAAUGAUAUCAAGGGAAGAUGGUACGAAGCCUCUUUGAUCCUCCCAAUCCUACAAGCCGGUCCCUUUGCAGAAGCAGAGCGAAAGGGAGAUAUUCACGAAGCGGGAUUGUUUAUGAAUAGUCGAGGGGACUCUGCUGGACCACAGCAGAGAGCUGGAAGAAUCAACGUUAGAAGGGAGAGGAGAGAGGAGGCUUUUGGGAGGAGUGUUCCGAUGGGGUUGGAGGUGUUGGAUGGCUUUCAUCCACUUGUUGAGGAUCAGGGAGUGAAGGUGGAGGAGGAUGUGGGGAUUGAUCCGAGGUUUGAGACUGCAGAUGAUGAUGGGAACGGGAAUGGGGGAAAUGGGGGAGGGGAUGAGGGAAAGGGAGGAUUUGAUGAGUUUAUGAAUCUUGAUGGGGGAGAGAGCGGGUUGGGGGGUGGCUAUGAAGAGGGAUUUGGAGUAGCAGGACAUAACCCGACGGGGGGGUUCUUCCAUUGA